GCCUCACUGUUAGAAAGUUCGUUGGAUAGACUGGUCGAGGAGUUCCGUCAAAAAUCGGUCGCAGUUACAUCUAAGGUGUGUGUGUAUACCAAAUUAGCAAAUCUUUCCAACCGUGCAACAAAGAGGGAGAGUCAACGAAAUGGUGGCCUACUACGACGAGUUUGACGCCACAGAGAACCCCAAAACCUUGACGGACUGGGUGCAUAAUUUUCGCGUAAAGCGACAGAAAAUGCGUCGCAAGCUAAGGGGCGCUGGCAGCGACCUGCGCGUAAACGCCAUUUUGUCGACGGCCCUGCUUCACGCGGAGAUUGAGUUGCGGAGGAAGCAGCAGGAGCGCUUUAGCCGCUGGCUAGAGAUGCAGACGCGGUUCGUGCCCCACGGCAGGACCCACUGUGCUAGUGACUUGGGUGCCACAAAAUCCAAGGCUGCCGAGGAGGCAGAGGCAGAAAGCAAUUUGUGGAGCAGCGAGCUCAGUGGCCUUGAUAAUUUCAUGCGCAGCCUGAGCAGCAAUAACAACAACGGUCCCAGCAACAACAAUGGUCCCAGCAACAGCAGCAACAGUUACAUGGGGACGGGUAGCGACAAAAACAGCCAACAUAGCUGUGCCAUUGCGGUGGCCAGUUAGAAAGAGAUGACCAUAUGGUGUUCGCUUUGUGUGUAUACGUGACUAACACACACAGAAAUAUUUACAAAAUGGUGGCAGGAAAAGAAAACACUAUUCGAUUUUCAGCUGUCGAGUCAUUUAUUCUUGCGUCGCAAUAGCUUAAAAUUAUCAUUGUUAAACUAGUUUUAUUACGACAACCAAUUUCUCAUUUGCAGUCGCAAACAUGAACAAGGCUGUUAUAGAUUGUAAAAAAAAAGAGUGAAGGCUUGGAAGAGUGUGAGGAGUUGCUGAGUCAACGGCCUUCGAAUCGAGAGUGACAUGUGUGAGUCACCAGAAAUCCAUGAGAAAAGCAACCAGGAACAGCAUUUGAUCCCGGAGUACACUCGUUUCCUGCUCCUCGCACGUUAAUGGCGACGAUGAGGAGGAACGGAAUACUUAACAAGCGACUGCUUCGUAGGGGGCCACUAAAUGGAACCGAAUCGCGACCAAGACUGGUAAAGAAGAGUCAAGUCGAUUGUUGCAACGUUGCGAUGGCGUUGCAAAAUUGAGUAACUGAGUGAGUCUUCACGUCUGUCCGAGUCACCCCCACCACCUUUACCGUCUGGCAGUGAGUUCCGCAAACCAGCCGACGGCCGAUUCUGCACAGAUUGCCAGAGCAGGGAGCAGCAGCAGCAAACACCACCGAGUCUCCGUAUCCUCUGCAUGACAUUCAAUGCUAUGGCAAUGGAAAAAACAAUGGGGACAAGGCGGAAUGCGCGCGGCAGCAGCUCCAGCUCACAUCAGCUUACAUGCGAUCGAAGCUCUCGGGCUAUCGUCAACUAUCGACAACCACCUAUUCUAUAUAGAACGCUUCUGGACUGCUGACCACAACCCACUUAUCCACACAGAUACACGGUAUUUGGUAUAUCAGCUGCGAACAAAAUAUAGCUUUUUGAUCAGAUUUACAGCAAAUGGAGCAUCGGAGAGCAAUCGUAUUUUAUGUAUUUUGCGGUUUGGAUUUUGAGAAGCUGCUGCUGUAAUUUUCGCACGUAAGCCCUUUUAGAUAACUGUCUCGAUUAACACCUGAAUUGCAGGCAUCGAAUAUAACAAGUUUGUCUAUGGUCCCUCUUCCGUAUUCGCGUGAGGGCAUAUCGUUCGACUUCUCUUUUCUUUUUGCUUUUAUGAUUUCGACAGGCAAUGAUUGGACCCUAGGCGGUUGCCCUUUUUAUCUUCCUAAUAUUUGGGCUAGCAAAGGCCGAUUUAAUAUUUGUAGCGGCACUUCACAGUUGAUCGGUUCCUGUGAGUGACCAUGUAUGAUGCGCUCCACACUGUACUCUGCACUCCGCACUUUCCGAAGGCUUGAUGUUUUAAGGGCACCAUUGGGAGAGUUUGCGGUAGAGGAUGCCCUUGACUAUAUUGAGUUAUUAAAUUUCAGUCCAACUUCAUCGAUGGGAUAAAAGCAAAAGCGUAAAUCGUUUUCAAUACUUAAAAUCGAUAAAUAUGCUGCCGUUAUAAUAUUUUUAGCGCAUUGCUCUAGGCACCCGAGCCAACGGAAUGCUGUAUUAUCUAACCGUAAUAUUGGCUUUUCCUGUAGUUGAUGUAUUGACCGAGGAAAUCCUUGCUAAAGUCGCAAUAACAAACGUAUUCAGGCAGAGAAAAGCUCCAAGGAAACGGCAAAGCGGCCGGACAUGUAAAUUAUUUGGUGAAUGUAAAACAAAAUAUUUCUGUCUUGUAGCGAUAUGUCUGCAGUAGAGUGUACCUGCCCAGAUCUCAUUUGAAACAUAUCUCGAGUUAUUGACGACGAUAGCCUGAGCCCCUGUACCACCGACAGCGUUUGAGUGUCUUUGGGACCGACAAGAUAUUUCUUUCUUUCGUUAUAUUUAUAUUUUGUAGUGAUGAGGCUGCUCCGAAUAGCGCUUAUGAGCCGACAGCGAAGCAACCAUUCUCGGCACUGCGUGGCAGCAUUCAACCCUCGAUUGGAUCGUCACAAUUUCUCUCCAAAGUUUUUCUAUGCCAUUCCAAUGAAAAAGAGGCUCAUUUAUAAAUUCAUUACAGUGUUUAUUCCACGACAUGAGUUUCUCCCGGCCGUUGCGAUAUAUUACACUGCUGACUCACGCGUGCACAUUCGCCUGAAUUAAAACCUACCGAGAACAAGUAGCAAAAUUUCUUGAGGCAAUGGGAAUCAAAUGCCAACUUGAAAGCAAUAACACCAACACUCAGUCGACGCAGUCCAACAUUCAUACAACACUUCGAUUUCAAUUUGAAAAGCAGGUCAGGUCUGAACCCAACUAGAACCAGCUUACUCCUGUUUUUCAGACAUUUUUCGGGACAGGACGUGGAGUCGUUUGUUGCAGGAACAACGCUUGUCUUGAGGCAUCGUGUCAUAGGACCCUUUCAAGAGUGAGAUUUAUAGCAGUCCUAAAUUUUUUUUGCACUUCUUACAGCGGUGCCGCACAGUUGAUUGUGCCUGUGGGCAUCGACUGAUCUAUAUUUAAAACCAAGGGCAGUCCCGUGCCUUGACGUUGAGGAGCAAGCAGUGAACACGUACACCUCUUCUAGCUGGCCAAGUCUUUUGCUGUGCUGCUGCAAAUCGUAAAGGGAAUCCAAAACGAUGCAUCAAGUCCAUCCAGUUCGGUUUCUCUAAGCAAGUAGACCGUGGCGCCGCUACGACGACAAUUAAUUUCAGCUAAACUGCCACUGUCGAGCACUAUACGGUCGUGUAAACAUCAAGUAUUUACACAGAAAGCAAGCAAACAAAUGACACCGCGCGCUUGUGCUGAUUGUGAACCCUAAUAAUUUUACAUUGCAGCCAAGUGUUCUGCCGGAGAGGUCUGCUGGUGUUUAACAAAUCAUUAAGCGGUGUCCAGCACAGUUUCUCGAUGACCGGAGCGAACGUUGGCCGGGUGCGUCCAAGACGUUGGAAAAUGAUCCAAAUAGCCAGAAUCGGAGCGAGACUGGCGCCGUGAUGUGCUAAGCUGUGAGCCUAAGCACGUACUGCAUUGCACCGCACAGACUUGUGCGUUCGGUCCACGCUAAAGGGAAUCAAAUGCGUUAGGACCGAGAGCCGCUACACCGCACCAUCACCAGUAUUCGCUGUGAAGUGAGCUGAUGUGUUGUCGUUGUUACAGGGCUGCUGCUGCAACUGCGCCACAGGCAUCCUCGUGUAGCAUCGCUAAUUAUCACUUGUCACUUUCAGCGAUCGGCAGUGUUCAGCCUUGAAGCUAUGGACAGAUCUGAAGUAACAACUUUUAGCAAGUCGUUGACCGCACAUGGGAACCAACUGCGAUUAGUGUUCAAGCAUCCGAAUCCGAUUAUGAAGAUGUGCAGCAGCAGCAGUUGGAGACUAUCGCUCUGUCCAAAGAGACUAAUCGAACUCAAUGCAGAAUACAACAGGGGAAAGACGAAGCACGUCGGUUGCCUCCAGCGGGUUGUCGUUUCACCUUCACUCUCCUUCCGUAGGUAGACCAGAGUUCGAGAUAGCCCAUAUCCAUCGCAAAGGGAAACAAAUGCGAUUAGUGUUCGAAGACCGAGCUGGGGGCCCAAUGGGUCGCGCCACGCUCCGCCAGUUGAGCCCUUAACUCCUGGCCCUCCGAUCAUCGUACCGCAAAAGGGAAACACUUGCGAGGUGGUACUACAGCAGUCGAGCUCCCCGUUGAGCUCCUGGUAAAAGUCAAGCUUCUGGGCGAAUUCUCCGCUUCAGCAAAAAAUCGUUAAGGGAACCCAAAGCGAUGUACAGCGACAGCGGCAGGGCAGGGUCAACCAUGACACAGAGGUAUAUAAGCAGAGUUUUAGACAAUGCACUUACGCUUUCCAGGAACGACCACCAUAAAGAUCCUUUCACAAACGUACAAACACCUGUAUGAAUCACUUCCCGGCCAAGAUCGAAGCUGGCUGCCAUGCCAGGCGCGCCUCCAAGCAUAUUCGUCAUGUCGGUCUCAAAGGGAAUCCAAGAGACACGCGCCCGCGGUACAGCCACUUGAAGCACACACUUUUGUUAUUGUAUCCUAAACCUAUCCUUGCAGCUGAUCUUAGUAGUGAAAAUUUUAAACCCAAAUUCAACAAGAUUUGUGAUGCAAAAGUAAGCAUUUUAACGUUUGUAGACUGUUUUUUUUUUCUAGAUUAGUUAAAAUAUUUUCUUACAUUUAACGAAUUGUUAAAAUGAAUUUUAAGCUAUUUAAACCAUAAAUUGUAUACAUUAUGCCCUAAGAGUCAGACCCUAUGCAGACGUUCGACUUUCUUGAAGAGUGCAGCUGGAUUGUCCGUUCGGGAAUUAGCAGAAGGAAUAAUUGUAUAAAGCUUCGUGGCUGUGAGCAGUAGGAGCAGCGUGCUGGUGUUUAAAACUGCGAAAGCCAUUUCAGGAUCCUUACCAAGGCAGGGAUCAGGGAAAGCAGCAUUCAAAGACAUUCUCGUCAUUCAUCUGCAACUUCAACCAGUAUUAACUGGCCUUUCGACUACCAAGUUCGUAUCCUGUAUCUGAUUGGAGCAGAAUAGAAACAUUAUAUGACAUAAGA